GACAACGCCAUGAUCCAGCAAACCUCGAAGGCGCCCGAAUAACAACGACCCAUCAAGCCCAAAAUGACGGUCUGCAGGUUCUACCAGCAGGGAUACUGCCGCUACGGAAGUACGAAGAUGCCUGCAAAUUCGAGCACCCUCCCAAGGGAGGGCAGCAGCAAAACCACAACCGCUUUGGCGCCCUCUCCGGGCAAUCGAAUCAAGCGAUGGGUGGCCGAGGCACAGCUGCGGAUACCCCCCAAUAUCCCGGUUUGACCGUAGAAGCGAUCCAGCGCGACCUGACGGCCGAGCUCCCGACAUGGCUCUUUUCAUGUUACGGCCCUGGGAGGGACGCGCCAGAACAGCUCUGGGGCGGCUAUCCUCGCGAACAAAGCUUUGAGGAGAUUCGGCUGCAUUUCAUGUCAGCAGUCACGGCAGGGAACCCUCAGGGUGCCCUCAACGCUAUCCAAGAACUACAGCAGAAUAUCCAGCAGCAGAUUCAACACACUGUUAACAAUAUACCGAUGGCGAUACAAUACAUUGUGGAGGCCGGAAACAAGCACCCAAACCGGAUAGACCGGUGUAAAGAGGCGACAGGAGGCGCUGGUCCCGGGGGCGCAUUUGGGAGCCGAGCAAACGCUUUUCAGACCACCGCUCCACCCUCAAAUCCAUUCGGCUCACCGACUGCCCCCCAAACUACCGCGAGCACCUUCGGUCAGGCUGCCGCAUUGAGCCAGAAGCCAAGUCCGUUUGGCGCGGCGGCCUUUGGCCAGGCUGCACAGCCAGCAGCGCCCGCCUUUGGGCAGCCGGCUACGUUGGGCGGGACUACAGCUUUCGGCAACCCAGCACAGACGACCAGUGCUUUUGGACAGACCAGCACACUGGGAGCGAAGCCAAAUCCGUUUGCAGCGCCGGCAUUAGCACAGCCAGCCCAGCCCGCCGGUUCCGCCUUUGGCCACUCGGCGUUUGCUCAGCGGGCCACCCUCGGGACGAAGCCGAAUCCGUUCGGAGCUCCGUCCGGCGGGAGCGCAUUUGCGGCUGCCACACAGCCUGCGCCUGCGACGUCGCCAUUCGGCCAGCCUGCGCAGCAAGCGCACAACACAAGUCCCUUCGGUCAACCGGCGAGUGACCAACCCGCGAGCAAUCCGUUCGGCCAGCCAGCAACCGCGCAAGCAGCGAGCCCAUUUAGGCAGCCGGCAACCGCCGCAGGGGCUACUUGGCCCCAACAAAAUCCAGCAGUCAACCCCUUUGGCGCGCCGGCCGCAGCCACUGCUCCCGCCAACCCUUUCGGCCAGCCAGCUACUACCACACCGUUCGCCGCCCCAACGGCCGCCACCACGACCACAUCGGGCCCAAAUCCGUUCGGCCAACCCACCACUGCAGUACCCACGUCAACAGCCGCAGCCGCCGCCGUCUCGCAUGGCUCCGGUUCAGGUCCCGGCUCCGGCCCGUACAGCCCGGGCGCCACCCGCCAACACCCCGACAUUUCCACCUACAGCUCUCACAACUCAGACCAGACGCUGCGCAUGUUCAAGGGCAAGCCCGUCAUGUACGUAGCGCCCAAGGACGGCCAGAAGCCGGUGCCCAUGAUCCGCAAUUUCGACGGCAGCAUGGUCCGCGUCUGGAUGCCCAACGGCCCGCCGCUCUACACGGACCAGACCGAGGCCGAGCCGGCCAAAUACGAGGACCCGAGUGUCAUGCAGCAGUGGAAGGCUUUUGUCGAGACGGGCCAGUUUGCUGGCGGGGCCAUGCCCGAGGUGCCUCCUAAGAGGGAGUUUUGUAUGUGGGAUUUCUAAUGGGGACGGAGAGGAGGGUAAUGGAGGGUGGGGAGUGUGUUAAGAUGGGAGCAUGGAUUGGCGUUGGGGAGUGUGCUAGAUGGGGUGUGGUUUACACUGCUGUAAUAAUUCUUUAUACGCUUAUUCUGGUUAAGCUGGAGACAACUUUUUGUCUCUCGCCAAUGAUAACGGUUGAUGCUGUGA